CAGGUUUUAAUCAACUUAAAAAGGUAUACUAGAGGUAAUUACUGAGGAAAAUGGCAGGAUCGUCAUCACAAUUUCAACAACUUGAAAAAUUAGGGGAAGGUACUUAUGCUACUGUUUACAAAGGUAGAAAUAGAGCUACUGGUGCUUUGGUUGCAUUGAAGGAGAUCAGUUUGGAUUCCGAAGAGGGGACCCCAUCAACUGCAAUACGUGAAAUAUCAUUAAUGAAGGAAUUAGAUUGUGAAAAUAUUGUUUCAUUAUAUGAUGUUAUACAUACUGAAAAUAAAUUGACUUUAGUUUUUGAAUAUUUAAAUAAAGAUUUGAAACAUUAUAUGGAAGCACAUGGUAAUAAUGGGGCAUUAGAUUUGAAGACUGUUAAAUCAUUCAUGUUUCAAUUAUUGAAAGGGAUUAUGUUUUGUCAUGAUAAUAGUGUUUUACAUCGUGAUUUAAAACCACAAAAUUUAUUAAUUAAUAAUGAAGGACAGUUGAAACUAGGAGAUUUUGGUUUAGCAAGAGCAUUUGGUAUUCCUUUUAAUACCUUUUCAAAUGAAGUUGUUACUUUAUGGUAUAGAGCACCUGAUGUUCUUUUAGGCUCUAGAGCUUAUACUACUUCCAUUGAUAUUUGGUCUGCUGGCUGUAUAUUUGCAGAAAUGUGUACUGGUAAACCAUUAUUCCCAGGUACUGCAAAUGAAGAUCAAUUAAUAAAAAUAUUUAGAUUAAUGGGGACUCCCAACGAAAGAACUUGGCCAGGUAUUAGUCAAUAUGCAAAUUAUAAAAGUAAUUGGCAAAUUUUCGUUCCUCAAGAUUUAAGAAGUUUAAUACCAAAUUUAGAUUCCAUGGGAUUAAACUUAUUAACAAGUUUAUUACAAAUGAGACCAGAUGCAAGAAUUACUGCAAGACAAGCUUUACAACAUCCUUGGUUUCAUGAAUUAGCAAACCCAAAUCCUUUAUUACAGCUGUUACCUGAUCCAUACCAACAACAAGCCCCUCAACAACAAAAUAUAAUUGAAGGUGGUCAACAUUACUGAAACAGCAUUGUAAAAUAAAUUCAAUUCUUUCUAGUCUCACACAU